CCAUUACAGUCACGUGUACUGUUGUGUUAUGCAAACAGAGUUCCUGAUGUUGAACUGAAGACACCGACAGUGACCGACACAAGAAGACCUGCAGGUAUUGCUCUUGACCUUGCAUACACAUUAUCAACCGCUUUACUGUCGUUGUACAUGCGCAGAAAUGAAAAGCAAGCGCGGGAAGUCAGAUCCAAAUGCAUCAAAGAGCAAAGUGAAGAGAAGAUCUGCAGAGGAUUCUGGUUUAACUCUGUCCAAAAGACUGAAGGGGAAGAUAGAUGGAGAAACCUCGAAACCAGCGCCGCCUCCCACGUGUCCCGUCCAGAAGAAGAACCAUGGGAGCAUCCUGCACUAUAUUUACAGGAGCACCCUGGGCCAGAGUCUCCACUCCCAGAUGAGACAGUGUCUGCAGGAGCCUUUUGUACGCUCUCUGUCUUCCUAUCAUUUCCACGGUGCCAGCAGUCCCUUCGACCGCAGAAUCACCUGUCUGGAGUGGCACCCCACUCACCCCACCACUCUGGCCGCAGCCUCCAAAGGGGGGGACAUUUUUCUCUGGGACUUUGAGAAUCCAGAAAAGAAAAGCUUUAUUCAAGGGACUGGCGCAGGAGACUUCAUCGGAGGGAUGAAGUUUUGCCCCACUGACUCUUCUCGAGUUUAUGCGGCGUCUGGUGAGGGCACGCUGACCCUGCACAGCUUUGAGGGCCGCACAGCCGAUCUGCUGUCCAGAACUCGGGACUGUGGCCACGAUCACCACAAUGUUUGUCUUUGGUACUGCUGCGUUGACGUGUCCGUGAGCCGACAGAUGCUCGUGACCGGAGACAAUGUGGGACAACUCACACUUUUGAGUUUGAGUGGCCAGAAGAUUUUCACUGACAAGCUGCACAAAGCCAAGGUGACCCAUGCAGAGUUUAACCCUCGAUGUGACUGGUUGCUGGCGACAGCCUCGGUUGACCACACGGUGAAGCUCUGGGACUUGAGGAACAUGAAAGACAAGAAAUCCUUUCUGCAUGAAAUGCCUCACGAGAGAGCUGUCAACUCAGCCUAUUUCAACCCCUUGGACUGUUCUAAGUUGCUGACCACAGACCAGCAUGACCAGAUCCGCGUGUACUCAUCCUGCGACUGGUCUAAGCCUCAACACAUCAUCCAGCACCCACACAGACAGUUCCAGCACCUCACUCCCAUCAAGGCCACAUGGCAUCCUACGUACGACCUCAUCGUGGCUGGACGCUACCCAGACGACCGCGUAUCCGUCGGUGAUCAGAGAACCAUCGACAUCUUCGACUCCAACACAGCAGAGCUCGUGUUUCAGCUCUACGAUUCCACCGCCUCAGGGAUCAAAUCUGUCAAUAAGUUCAGUCCAAUGGGCGACGUGAUUGGAUCUGGCAUGGGGGUCACGGUGCUGGUCUGGGACCAUGAUGAGUCGCUGGUCAGCGGUCGCCACAAGCUGCACGAGGAGGCUUCGGCGAACGGUUCAAAGGGGCAGAGCAGGAGUCAGCAGCGCCCCAGCAGGGACCGGAGGGGCCCGGCUGUGGAUGCAAAGCUCAAGAAAAAACUAGCCUCUCUGGAAGAGACUCAGACCAAAACCAAAACAGGGCGUGCUAAGCCAAAACAAGCGCAGCCGAGGAAAAAGUGAGCUAGGAAACCUUGCGUGGUUCUUUUGUUUUUAACUUCAGGGGCUGCUUUCAUGCAAAAUGUUGUGAUUCUUUUGUAGACCUGUGCUGUGCAGCUUCUCGCAGCAAUUUUUCUACUGUACAAUAAUAAAUAUAGCAAUUUAUAUAUAUAUGAUUGAAUCUUGGAUCAAUCUUUGACUACAUGCAAAUUUGGUUAUGAGUGCACAAAAGAGU